CGGUAUAUGAGGUCACUCAUGAACACUGAGUUAAGCAGUUGAAGAAUCAGUUUGCUAGUGUACAAGUCGGUUGUCAUUGAAAACGUUUGCAGACUGGUAAGAAGAAAAUCCAAAAAAGGAAAAUGUUUGGAUUGUCUGCUGAUGACACAGUAACGUCUCGAUUACGUUACUGGAGUGUGACGUCGCCAGAGACGCUGGCGUUUGUCUACGUCACUCCUGACGGCCAGCGGUUUGCUUACACAAGGAAGGAGCUGUUCUCUAUGUCACGCAGAGCAGCCAGUUGGCUUUCUAAGCGAAACGUGUGUAAAAAUGACAUCGUUCUUUGCCUCGUUCCGACAUCACCGGAGCAAACGUUCAUCGCACUGGGGACGGCGUUGCUAGGGGCGACAGUGAUGUGUACAAACAUGCAGUACCGAGACGGAUCCGACAUUUCGCCCUUGAUGAAAGACGCUGACGUCACGACCGUGGUUGUGGACGAGACAGACCAACAAGCCAUCGCCGCCCUACAGACCUUCAUCCCCAACUUGUCUGCUCCAUCGGUCAUCAGCGAAGCCGUUCCAUCUUUAAAAUCUGUUAUCUUCUGUAAUCGCUUUUCGCAGUUAUCCUUCUUGGUAGCUGUAGCCGCUGAGAAAGAAGUAGACCUUGCUGACGUCAGUCCUGAUGAUGUCACGACGAUUUUCGCGACCUCUGGUAGCUCAGGGCAACCGAAACUAGUGACCAGAUCCCACAGCCAGGUCAUGACCAUGGGGCUACAUUAUUACCAAUUUAGCCUCCAGACCGAUUCAAGUCUUAAGACGGACGUCCACUACAACCCCAGCUCAUUUGCUUGGUUGUCUGGCUAUCCUUUUUUGUAUCUAACGACAGGGCAGACGAGGGUAGUUCCUUAUUUCAAAGGGGCUCUGCCAGACGAUGAAGCCAAGUUCACGAUGGAAUUGAUGAAGAGAGAGGGCGUUGUUAGCGCUUUUUUAUUGCCGCAAACAAUCAAGACAUUACUAGCACGCGCUGACCUCUUGCAGUGUGACGUCACGCGGCGUUUGGACUUAUCCUCACUGGAGGCAACGCUGUCAGGACAGAUAUUGCCCCUGCCAUAGGAACUUUGACCUCCGAGCUCCUAGUGGGUUAUGGAUGCACUGAAGUAGGUUUCGUCUCAAGAAAGACCUACAACGAUCCCGUAAAGGUCGUGAAUUUUAACUGCGGGAGGCCUAUAGACGGAAUGGCAGUGAAAAUUGUCGACCACAAUCUGAGAGAAGUUCCUCCCAACACCAAAGGGGAGAUAAUGAUCAAGCACAACGGCCUUUUCCCGGGUACUUCAAGCAUCCAGGUCUCACAGCAGACGCCACACCAGAAGACGGGUGGUUCAGACCUCGAGACCUUGCUUACAUCAACGACGAAGUUGACCUCUUUGUUGAGGGGAGACAAUCGGAGGUCAUCGCCAUAGGCAGCUGGAUGAUGUACCCACAGCUGCUGGAGUCCCACCUCAUGAAGUGUCCGGGAGUGCAUGACGUGGCUGUGGUGGCUAUCCCCGACAAGGACUUCGAGAACCUUCCGUGUGUGUGCGUCGUGCAGGAUCCCAGACCGGAAGCCCCGCUCGUUUUGCCUGAA